AUGACGACUCUUCCUCCCGACCCAUAUCUCGCUCUUGGACUUCCCCGAGAUGUCGACCAAGCUAAGAUCAAGUCAGCUUAUAGAAAGCUGGUGCUCAAAUGCCAUCCGGAUAAAGUUUCGGACCCGCUAAUGAGGGAGGACAAGAUUGAUGAGUUUCGCAAAGUUCAGCAAGCGUACGAGAUCAUAGGUGAUGAAGAUAAGCGGGCGAGAUAUGAC